AGCUAAACUCACCUCUCGUAAAAUAGUUCUAAACCUUUUCCACAUAAAUUUAAAAUUUCAAAUUCAGCCCAGAUUUUUGUACAAGAUAACCCAAAUUUUCAAAUAUUUCCUAUGUAUAAGUUUCCAUAAAGAUUCGAAAUUUCGAAAUUUCCCAAAGACUUAUUCCAAUUUUUCGACCUGUUGAGAAAAUCUAAAUCACCAUCACCCACGACGCGUCCACGAGUCGCCUCCCUUCCCCCAGAGGUUAUGGACGGCCCCACUUUUCUACGUGGCAUACUACUCACGACAGUCCUGGUAGCCUAUCUGGCUUUUGGCCACCUUCAGAACUCGUGGCAACCUAGGAUUCACCUUUCAAGCGACGGCGCCACGUGGGAGGCUGCACAUUGGUCAAGUUAUGAAAUAGAUUCUCCUCCUCCAAGUGACAAUAAUGAAACCCGGGUGACCAUCAGUUUGACCCGGGUAUCUGCAAAUCUGGUGGAGGGAGAAGAUUUAUCCCUAAGUUUCGAUCUAGUGCAGCAAUGGGACGAUCCCAGACUGGUGGUUCGAAAUGAAAUCCGUCCAGGGUUUGGUACGUCCGAAAAAUUUCAGGAAACACCAGGGGGCCCAACCGUGCAAAAUGUUGAGGCAAUUAAGGGAACCGACUCUCCAAUUACAAUUUGGAAACCGACCCUAGGAACGGACUCUUUUAUCCGCGUGGUAAAUCAAAGUAGGGACGAAACCUGGCUUUAAAAGGAUGGAAGUGUCCUUCGAAGGCAGCCUGCCACCUUAAUCUUGUCCCCAUCCCGGCAUGACGGACCCAUUUCCGAGUAUUUUCUCAAUAUUUACAACACGCAGGAAUUUUCCACCGGGAACGUCACCUUGACCUGGGACAGUCCCGAUGGGCGAGACCCCAUCAGUUUCAAAAAUGGGACUUCACCCCUAGCGAGGGGGGAAAAUUAAAAAAAUUUGCGGUUCCUGCAUUCAACGGGGCAAUGUGAGAUUAAUUCCCGUACAUUGGAGCACAGCUGUCUCAAGGCGGGAUUCAAGUUGGAGAAGAUUCCACCCUCCUGCUCGAUGGACUUAGAAAUGCCAUUUUCCUGGCUUCAUUUCUCGCUUGGCCUGAUAACGUUUCUUGUCGUAGUUCAUGUUUCCCCGUAAUAUUGGAACGCACCUGUUCAAACAGUAUUUAAAAAUGGGAAAAAAUAAUUCAUUGAUUCUUCAUUUAUUAAAAA